CUCUGUUCUAUCGAUGAGGGGCAUUCUGUGAUUCACUUCUUGCUUUUUGGUAUUCGGAGGGCAUCGGUUCCUCAGUUGCAGUUGGAUUGAACUUUAAACACAGCAAUAUCAUAACCCAAAUAUUUGGAAGUGAACAGGAAACUUUCUCAACAGAACAAAGCGUCCCAAAAAGAAGAAAGGCAAGAGCGGACUACUUUUUCUUGUACAGCACAAAGCAAUCGACUUAGAAAAGAYAGAAGAAACACACACUCGCGAUAGUACAAUGAAGCAAUCGGUAGCCACGUUGUUGGUUCUGGGAACCGUGCUCCAGUCGUCGGACUCGUUCGUGACAAACCAUCCGAAUGCCGGAGGGAAGCCAUUGGCUAUUGCGCAAAAGACUAUGGCGGGCACAGGCCUACCUACGGCAACCACCGUCGCCAGAUGGGCUUCGACCAUGGACGAGAAGGCCGUUGACGAAAAGGUUUCCGAGGACGAAACCAGCGACGACAGUGAUGUUCGGUUAGGGGAUAUUAACAAGAACGAGGACAUCAACAACUUUUCGASYAUCGCCGACGRCGACGWGAAAGAAAGCUCGGUCGGCUUUGGGGAACGCGUCGCAAAUUCCGGGGUUGCAUCRGCGGCAGCCAUGGCCACCGCCGCUGUCAACGCGGCCGUCUCGAUGAAGACCCUCGAGGCACCCGAUGUCACCAAGUCGUACAUUGCACUCGACAAAACCCAGCAGGAACUCGACGAGGAGGGCCUCCCCCUCGUCUACGAUAAGGACGUCAUCGAGGCCUAUUGGAGCAAGGAAAAAGGCGCGCUGAACAAGCGUUGGGGAUAUUUCGUUGGAAAGGCCGUGCCUUUCCUGACCAAGCUCACCACCCUUUUUAUUCGGGACGGAAAAAUCGAGGAGAAGGAAAUCCCCGCCCUGAGCCGACAGGCCCGAUUGGAUCUGCAGGACCUGGGGCCGACCUUCAUCAAGGCCGGCCAGAUGAUGAGCGUCCGCCCGGACGUCCUGCCGCAGUCGACCCUGGACGAGCUUACCAAGCUCCAGGACAGUGUCGAGCCCUUUGACACUAAGGUUGCGGUAGAACAGAUAGAGAAGGAACUCGGGGGUCCCCUGGGGCAAUUCUUCACGUCCAUCUCGGAAAAACCCGUGGCGGCGGCCAGCCUAGCACAAGUUUAUCUGGCGACCCUGAACGACGGAAAUGACACCAAGGUGGCCGUCAAGGUUCAGCGACCGAGCGUACUGGGAACCGUCUCGAAGGAUUUGUACGUCCUAAGAAGGGCAGCCGAGGUCUUCCAGGGCCUAGUAGAGCGUUUCGCUCCACAGCAAAGGUACGUUACGCGCUAUAGUUCCGUCGAGAUUUUUGGGGAUGCCGCACUAGAUAUAUUUUAGCAAGUUCCACAGCAGCRCUUUCUAAUUUUAUUGUUUUCGCUAUUCCAAAUCAUGAUCAAACUGACGAAAUCGCAGAACCAAUUACGUUGCCCUGUUGAACGAAUGGUCGAUCGGAUUUUAUACAGAACUCGAUUUCAACAACGAGGCACGAAACCAACAAAAACUCCGAGACUUGUUAAUGGAGAAAAAGGUCAAGGGUGUAAAGGUGCCAAAGGUAUACAACGAGCUAUGUACGAGGCGGAUACUCGUCAGUGAGUGGGUGGAAGGAAAGAAACUGAGCGACGCUUCCAACGAAGAAAUCAAUCGGGUCACACCCUUUGCGCAGGAAGCAUUCCUAACGCAGCUCUUCGAGGUGGGAUUCUUCCACGCCGAUCCCCAUCCCGGGAACCUCAUAUUACUCGACGAGCCGACCGAGGCCGGGGAAGAGCUUGCCCUGAUUGAUUGCGGUCUCAUGGCAGCAAUCAACGAGGAAGAUCGCGACUUUAUGAUCUCCGCCGUGAUCCAUCUGGCGAAUAAGGACUAYGCUAGUCUGGUCGACGAUUUCGUCAAGCUCAAGAUUCUCCCCGAAGACACCAAUCGUGCAGCGGUCAUUCCGCUGAUGGACAAGGCACUGAGCCCUUACGUCAAGGGCGGUGGAGCCAAGAAAUACGAGGAAGAAUUGAAGAAACUCUACAAUAUGGAAGACGGAAACAUGCAAUCGCAGGUUGGAGGAUUCCAGGCCAUGACACAGGACGCUCUAACUGUCUUGAACGAUGUCCCAUUUUCAAUCCCGCCCUACUUUGCCAUCCUGGGACGAGCCAUUGUAACCCUUGAGGGUGUAGCUCUAACCGGAAACCCCGAGUACGGAAUCAUCCUUGAGGCCUAUCCCUUUAUCGCGCGAAAGUUACUGACCCGUGAGUCUUCCACGGUGCAAUCGGCCCUACAGGAAGUUCUCUAUGGAAAUAACGAUGAUGGUACAUCAGGAUUGAAACUGUCAAGACUCUUGGCGUUGCUGAACAAUGCUGCUGGAGCAGUAGCCACCCAAGACGGUGCCGUUUUUGUGGACAUCGACGCCGUGCCGGAAGACGGGAUCGACUUCCAGCAAGGACUGAAGUUUAUCAUGUCCGAGGAUGCCGAAAGCUUGAGGACYCUUCUAGAACCCGAGGUGGAUUCGAUCGUGGAUAUAUUGACGCGACAAAUAUUYCGGCAAGGGAUCCAGGAGGCAAUCGUGGCACUGACUCCKCCGCGUCCCCCCGCCAUUCCGUUCCUCGGAGAUAUCCUUCCGCCUAGCCCCAAGCUCGARGAACUCCCGCUGCCACUGCUUCUUCCGGGUGCAGAAGGGGUGCGGUCGCCAUCAUUUACUGUGACAACCCUUAAGCAGCUGACGGAUGCAGUUGCACCAAAACUGAACCAAAAGGAUGAGCUGUUUGCYUUGGGGCUCGCGGAUGCCGCGCAAGAAUUUUUCGGAGAGGGUAUGGGAGACUUUGUUCGGGGUGAGAGCGUAUUGAGCAYAAAAUCAAUUGAAAUCUUGCUGAGCGGCCUACGAUCRGGUGUUGUUGGCAAAACCGACCUGCURAGUCCGGAGGCAGUAGAGACUGUCAUAGAUACACUUUCAAACGCUCUGACMCUGGCUCAAGGAUCGUCUGCAUCGGAGCUAUCGAUGGAGAAGGAGUUGAGAGAAGCUGUUGAUAACUUGGAUCCCUCAGAGAAAGAGCGGUUAGAUGAAAUCGUCAACGAAGUGACAAAGCGAUCCAUAACUCGAUUUCUGGAACGAUUGUCAAGCUUAGAGAGCGCAUGAACUUAAUAAAUGAUAACAAUAGAUAUAAACAUUAAUU